CCCAGUAACCAAGGGCUGAAUUCGCGGUCAGGGUCAUGGCUGUGGGCGAGGUCAGGCAGCUUCGUGCCUCCACUCUCCUCCAGCCCUCCGAGGCAGGAAGCAUCGGUUUCCUCAGGGCCGCUUCCCUCCUGGGCAGAGACUCAGUUACAAACAACCGCCCACCUCACCCUCCUCCCUCCUGUGAGCGAGGCAGGCAGGACAAAGCGCUUGGGCCCAGACAGAGCGGCCAUGGGUCCUGGGGGACUGGGCCUGCCUCUCCUGCUCCUGGUCUUCACGGGAGAGGCCGCUCAGGACUCCCCACCCCAGAUCCUGGAGCACCCGCAGGACCAGCUGCUGCAGGGCUCUGGCCCUGCCAGGAUGAACUGCCGGGCCUCCGGCCAGCCGCCGCCCACCAUCCGCUGGCUGCUCAACGGGCAGCCCCUGAGCGUGGGGCCCCCAGACCUGCACCACCUCCUCCCUGACGGGACCCUCCUGCUGCUGCGACCCCCUGCCCGAGGCCCUGCCCACAGCGAGCAGGCCCCAUCCGCGGACCUGGGUGUCUACACGUGCGAGGCCAGCAACCGGCUAGGCAUCGCUGUCAGCAGGGGUGCUCGGCUGUCUGUAGCGGUCCUCCGGGAGGACUUCCAGAUCCAGCCUCAGGACACAGAGGCAGUGCUGGGGGAGCAGCUGCUUCUGGAGUGCAGGCCACCCUGGGGCCACCCAGAGCCCACAGUCUCCUGGUGGAAGGAUGGGAGCCCCCUGACCCUCCAGCCAGGACGAUGCACGAUGUCCAGGGGGUCCCUGCUGGUGACAAGAGCAGAGAAGAGUGACGCGGGUGCCUACGUGUGUGUGGCCACCAACAGCGCCGGGCAGCGGGAGAGCCGAGCGGCCAGGGUGUCCGUGCAGGAGCCCCCGGAGGACAGGGAGCCCGUGGAGCUCCUGGCUGUGCGCAUACAGCUGGAGAACGUGACCCUGCUGCAGCCCGACCCCGCCCGGGGCCCCAGGCCCAGCCCCACUGUGUGGCUCCGCUGGAAGGUGAGCGGCCCUGCCGCGCCUGCCCGGUCCUACACGGCCCUGUUCAGGGCCCAGGCACCCCCGGGAGGCCCAGGCGCUCCGUGGACAGAGGCACUGCUGGCCGGCUGGCAGAGCGCAGAGCUAGCAGGCCUGCGCUGGGGUGAGGACUACGAGUUCAAGGUGAGACCGUCCUCCGGCCGGGCUCGAGGCCCCGACAGCAACGUGCUGCUCCUCAGGCUGCCGGAGCAAGUGCCCAGUGCCCCACCCCAGGAGGUGACCCUAAAACCUGACAACGGCAGCAUCCUCGUGCGCUGGGUGCCACCCCCAGCUGAAAACCAGAAUGGUGUGAUCCGGGGCUAUCAGGUCUGGAGCCUGGGCAACAGCUCCUCGCCCCCAGCCAACUGGACGGUGGUGGGCCCGCAGACGCAGCUGGAGAUGGCCGCCCCCUCGCCAGGCUCGUACUGCGUGCAGGUGGCCGCAGUCACGGGUGCAGGGGCCGGGGAGCCCAGCGGCCCCGUCUGCCUCCUUGUAGAGGAGGCCAUGGAACGAGCCCCCCAAGAGCCUGGCGAGCACAGCCCCUGGGCCCUGGAGCCACUGGAGGCCACCCUGCGGCGGCCAGAGGUCAUUGCCAGCGGGGGCGUCCUGCUCUGGCUACUCCUGCUGGGCAUUGCAGUGUGUGUUCACCGCCGGCGUCGGGCUGGGAUGCCCCUAGGCCCAGGUCUGUACAGGUACACGAGCGAGGACGCCAUCCUGAAGCAUAGGACAGACCACAGCGACUCCCCCUGGCUGGCAGACACUUGGCGAUCCACCUCAGGCUCCCGGGACCUGAGUAGCAGCAGCAGCCUCAGCAGCCGGCUGGGAGUCGACCCCCGGGACCAGCUGGACAGCCGUUGCUCUCUGAUCUCGGGGUGCCCCCGGAGCCCAGGUGUGCCGCUGCUCCCAGACACCAGCACUUUCUACGGCUCCCUAAUUGCCGAGCUGCCCUCCAGCCCUCCAGCCUGGCCAAGCCCCCAGGCUCCAGCUAGCAGGUGCCUCCAGCCCCAGCAGGCCCGCCACCCAAGGCCCUGGCCCAGCCCAGACGGCUGCAGGGGACUGGCUUCUGCACGCUUGUCUCUGGCCCCUGCAGAGGCCUGGAAGGCCAAGAAGAAGCAGGCCACCCCUGCUGGUCCCUUCGCAGCACUGCACCAUGCCAACAGUUCCCCGCUGGUCCCGGCCAGCCACCCCAUGGAGCUCUGGGCCUGGGAGCUGGGAAAUGGAGGUCCCCAAGGUCUUUCUCCACGCCCAGGUGCUGUGCCCCACUGUCUGACUGUCUGGAGGGCCCUGGGACCCCAGCUGCUGGGCUCCCCUACUCGCCCUCUCCCUGGAGCACCCCUCUCUCCUCACGGAGCACCCACGCAGAGCCAGCAGAGCCAGCCCACGGUGGAGCCCCCAGCUCCCAGCCCCGCCCAUGGCCACUCUGGGCCCCCCAGCUCCCGGGCCUCACCCCUCUCUGGUCCCAGCCCAGCAUCCAGUCGCCUGUCUAGCUCAUCGCUGUCAUCCCUGGGGGAAGACCAGGACAGCGUGCUGACCCCUGAGGAGGUGGCCCUGUGCCUGGAGCUCAGCGAGGGUGAGGAGACCCCCAGGAACACUGCCUCUCCUGUGCCGAGGGCGCCCUCUCCCCCCUCCACCUAUGGCUACAUCGGCAUCCCGGCCUCCGAGCUGGCAGGCGUGGGCAGGGCUGCAGGCAGGGUGGGCUCCGACGUGGGGGGCUUGCCGAGCCCGCCUCGGCCCUGCCCGACCCCCACCCCCAGCGAGGGCUCUCUGGCCAACGGAUGGGGCUCGGUCUCUGAGGACAACGCCCCCAGUGCCAGGGCCAGCCUGGUCAGCUCCUCGGACGGCUCCUUCCUCACCGAUGCCCACUUUGCCCGUGCCCUGGCCGAGGCAGCGGACACCUUUGGCCUCAGCCUGGAGCCCCGGGAGGCAGACUGUGUCUUCACAGAUCCAGCAUCCCCCCCUUCCCCUCGGGAUGACCUCUUCCUGACACCUGGCCUCCCCCUGCCACUGUGGGAGUGGAGGCCAGACUGGCUGGAGGACGUGGAGACCAACUAUACUCGACGGCUGGGCAGAGGCCUGCCCCUCUGGCCUCCCGACCCUCACCCUGCUCCCCGGAAGGGUCCACCCUGCCGUCCUGUGUCCACAGCUGGUGACUCCUUCCGAACUGCGUCCUGAGACCAGACGGGAGUCAGAACCACCCUCUGCAGCCGGGAGCCCCCAUGCUGAGCCUGCCUCCGGGGCUCCAUCAGAGUCCCCCUGGGUGUGAGAUGAAUGGGAGCCACGCGAACCCCAGCUCUGGGGCACGCUGUCCCCCCGCAGAUGCCCUGGCUCUCCUGUGUGAAGCAGUCCUGCCUGCUGGGCCCUGCCCUGGGUCAGAGCGGGUGGGAGCCCAGGUGUCCCUAUGGGAAUGGCUCCUAAGGGAGUGGCGUGGGGCCCAGCUCUGCAUCUCCUGGGGAGGCCAGCCCCGACACAUGUAUAAUAAAGGAGGCGAGGUGCCCCACUCA